UUGAUUUGUCAAAUAAAUAUCUAGGUAUAUUUUCGUUUUGUGAUGUGUUAAAUGAUAUUUAUUAUUUAUUCAGUUCUUCGUGAUGAAUUCCGAUAAAAAAGGAGUCGUCAAGUUAUCUGACGGCUGGGUGCUUUGCACAUCGAAAUCAAAUCCUGGUAGAAAGUAUUAUUUUAAUAAGAGGACUGGUAAAUCGUCAUGGACCCAACCACAGGCUACCGAAAAGUCUGAAAGGAAACAGAAAAACAAAAAAGAGAAAGUAAACAGAGAGAAGAUUAAGAAGGAAGAAGCACAGAAGAGUUUAAAGAGGAAAAGCGAUGGCAAUGAAAGUCAAGAAUUGGGAAAUAAAAAGCAUAAAAAGGAAAUUGCAGUCACACCAUCAAAUCAGAGAGUUAACAGCCAAUCACCACUCAAACCUAGCCCUAGUACUAAAGAGACCCCUCAGAAACGAGUAAAGAAUGCAGCAAAUCAAAGACUAUCACAGUUAAGGGCAAGGUUAUCUGUGGAAGCUCAAGAUGAUAUCACCAACAGUACAGACCAGUCACCUAGCAAAGUGGUCAAAUCCAGCCCCACAACUAGCACACCCCCCAAAUCUGCUACCACCCCUAAACCUGCCACCACCCCUAAAUCUACAAUCACCCCUAAACCAGCCACAGAAACGAAACCCCCCAAGGUUGAAAACAAAAGUCCUGUUGCAGAAGGCAAAUGCACGACAUCACAGUCUCCAAGCAGCGACAGCUUACAGUCUAUUCCCUCCCCUUCUCAGUUCUUUGCAGCUAACAAAAUAAUCUGCUCAAUGAAAGCACAAUUACCUGAAGAUGCGUACUGUGAUAAUCCAAAGCCAAAAGACACAUUUGCGGACAUUGAGCAAGGUAUUUGCAAUCAGACUUCGGAGUAUCCAUAUAUGAAGCACCCAUCUACCCCACCCCAGUUUUCACAAGCAAGCAAGCUUCUGUCUGCUAUCAAAUCUAAGUUAACUAAAGUGGCAGUGAGUAAAGAUGGGAGCUGUCAAGAGACUGUAGAGACAUAUGCCUCGGCUAGUGAACGAAUGGAAAAAUUAAGGGCCAGUUUGUCUAGUGACCUGAUGGAAAUUGAAAGUGAUCCAGUAGUAUUAAGCAGUAGUGUAAGCAUAGAAACAAAUUGUACGUUGAAUGAGGCAAUGGAUGUGGAUUUAAAAGAGAUAAAGCAAGUAGCAGCACCUCUAGCGAAUUGUACAAAGGAUAACAUUAGAACCGACCUUGUAUUAGUUGUGGAUACAAAUAUUUUUAUACAUGAGUUGUCUAUUAUCAAGAAUGUGCUCAAUUCUAAUAUUAAAGGAUUUCCGGGGCAGCCGACACUGCUCGUACCUUGGCGUGUGGUGAACGAGUUGGACAGAUUGAAGGACAAUAAUAACUGCAACGGCGCAGUGUGGAAGCGAGCCAAGCGAGCCAUGGACUAUCUCUACAAGUCUAUACCUGAAGACAGUAGGAUACGAGGCCAACCGCUCCGCGACGCAAACUCCCACAUAUACCCGUGCGAGUCUCCCGACGACGAGAUCCUCAACUGUGCGCUACAACAAGCCGAGAGGGGGAAGACAGUGAUCCUGCUCUCAAACGACAAGAUCCUGUGCAGCAAGGCAGAAAUUAACAACGUCAGGAGUCUGUCUCUGGCUGAGCUAAACGAUCUGCUGGAGACUCCUCCUCCUCAGGAGACGGAUCCUGACGCCUUCGACAACCUCAAGCAUUACCAAGCCACAAUAUAUCAGCUGCUAGCUAAUAUUCUAGAGAACGAAAUGCGCGCGAAAUACAACAAUUUAUGGCAGCACGUACUGUUCAAGGCGCCCCCUUGGACGUUGGCCGACGUGCUCCAAUGUUUGCUCAAACAUUGGAUAGCCGUGUUCAAUGAGGUGUUCCCCAGGAUAGAACAUCUUAUUAUCGACUUGAAGAACUCUUUGACUUCUGUUGACAGUAAAGAUUCAAAAUCCCUAACUGACUCCGAGGUAUCAAAUUUCAAGGACCUAUGUCUAGAAGUGGCGAAGAAAUGUCAGAUUAUUCCAGAAUAUAUGGAACUAGCCAAGGUCACGGUGGACCGGCUUCUAAAUGAUCGUGCCUGUGAUGCUGAAGACGAGAAACAUGGUGAACUUAUGGUCAUAGACGCCUUCGAAAAUGUAUGGACUGUUAUGUCCAGUUUUUGUGCCAAGCUAGCGAGUCGUAUGGGCGUGCCUCACAACAUCGAGGACAAGUGGCCCGGGGACGAGCCCCUGGAGGCACUCACCACCAAACUCACACUCUUCACCAACCAGAUCUCUGCAUUCGCGCUCGCUAUUAAAGGAGUAUUAAGCUCAGAAAACCCGGAGUCAAGUAUAGAGGCUCUAGAGCAAGCAUUCCGUGACAGUUUGCAACUGAUCUGUAUGGACAACGAGUACAUCAACAAGACUAGACUCGCCACCUUCUGCGGCAAAUGCAGAAACAUGCUACAGGAGGCGUACACAAAGUUCGCCCAGCUGAUGGAACUAAUCGAAGUAUGUAAGAACACACUCAAUACUGCCAAUCAAUAGGUACAGCCGCGGUCACGAGUCUGUGAUGUCGUAGUAUAAUAUGUACAGUAGAUCAAGUAUAACUCGUAUAUUUAGAUUAAUUAGUAAAUGUUUAUCAUCAAUUUAUACUACAGUGCGUCGAAUAAUAUAAAUCGUAAUCAGUGUAAUAAACACUUUUGUUGCUCACUGUACUCCUGAAUACACGAUACAUUCACGUAUUUUUACUAAUUAUUUUUUACUAGACUUCAAAUGUUACAUUCGCUUAAAAUAUUGUCUAGGAUUUAUACAGCCUGUUAUCAAAAUAAUAUUGCAAAACUUUUUAUUUUACAUAUUAUUGGUGUUACUCGUGGAGAGGGCCUAGGCCGACUUUCGUUAUAUGUUUAACUAGCGACCAUAAAACUUACUUAAGAAUCACUCUAUCUAUUAAAAAAAACCGUAUCAAAAUCCGUUGCGUAGUUUUAAAGAUCUAAGCAUACAUAGGGACAGAACGUCGUCUGAUUGGUUGAUUUAUUGGAGCAGGCCACUCGUUGUUGUAAAACAAAUUCGUACUAAGCCCUCUCUUUUUAUAACACGCUGUAUACAAAUGAAUACUUUUGAUCACGACUGUACUAUCUAGUCCAUUCUUAUAAUCUAUAUUUAACUAUACCAGCUGAAGCUAAGAGUUGAUCUACCCUUGAAUUAUAUGAAGUUCCUUUCUUAGACAUAAUUCUGUCUGUUGAUGACCUUAUAUUAUUACGGUUUAUAGAGAAGAAAUAUUAGAUUUUCUAUUUUUGAAAAAUCAGUAACACCAAUCGAUCGUCGUAAAAACAUUGAUAAUUUUAUUCCUUGUUGUGUAAUUCAGGUAGAUUAUAUUUAAAAACAUGUAUAACGUCAGCCAUUGCAUUUAAAUUCAUAUACAGGAUUACAUGUUAAGUCGAUCUAAAUCUUGUAAGAGGUGUUAGUAUCCAUCAUUCUUGACCGAUUUGACUAAGGAACCCCAUAUUGUAAACUUAACUAUUCUCAAGAGGCCUUUGAAUUUCUUUCCUUAAAUUUCCAGAUUUUUGGCGAUUGCUCCCUAUUUUUAUAUUUUGUGUCACAAUUUUGUUCAGUGUUUGCUAUUUUUGUGUAGAAGACUAGUUGCUUAAUGUUUUAAACCAUAAAACUGCAAUUAACUAUACCAGCAGAGGCGUAGUAGACAAGGAUUAUUAAAACUCAAAUAUUUUUUUUUCUUAGUAAGAUAUUUUAAACAAAUUCUAUGACAGAUGUUUUGCAGACAUUUGAUAUAGUAUCUACGAUUUUUCAGCUUUUUAAUAAGGUGCUAGGGUAUAUCAUGCUAGGGUAUUUUUAGGAUUCGCGGAUAAAACUCGACAUCAAGACGCCAAACGAGCUGAAUGAACAAAAAAUCUGGUUCUAGCUUGCUUAACGAUAUACUAUUAAACCUCAUUUAUGAUAUGUGGUUUCAUCACAAUAUGGUUGCCUCGUACACUACAUUAGGGCUGUCAGAGAGUGGCUAGACAAAUAUCCCAAUAAUGUCGGAAUACUGAAACGCUACUCAAUUUUAAGUCGUGCUUAAGUAUAGU